CGCGCCGGAAGUGGCCUGCUUUCCGACUCCUUUCAGUGGUGGCUUGGACUCGCGGCGGACUUCAGUUGGCAAGGAAAUGAAGGAAGGCAUUGCUCUGUAGCAGAGUGUUUUCUAAUGCUCUCUUCCCAAAGUAUGAAGGUCCGCUUUUGGAAAUGUUUUCAAGGAUCUAGUUGAUUUGGAGUGAAGGAACUGUUGACAAACACAGAAAAAAACCUUUGCUAAGUGAAGUGGCCCUCUGUGAUAUCACCAGGAAAGAAAGUGGCAUACCGAAGAGAUGACAUGUGGCCUGAUGAACGAUAUGAAUAUGAAAGACUUCCACGAGAACGGCUUCCCCCACGUCCUGAGGACAUGCAGUUUACAUUUGGCAGGAUAAAUCCUCAGGAUGCCUACCAUCGAGUAGUCAGCUUUGGACCAAAGAAGCUUCCAGAGAGACCUGGGGAAUACAGAUUCGACUAUGGUCAUUCUCAUCAUAUUGGCUAUCGAGAAUAUGGAGAAGGUCGUGGUUUGGGCCAUGAAAGAAGAAGUGGACCACCAAACAGAAUUGAUGAUCCAGGAUAUAGAUGGCCGAGGGAAGAUAUCCAACUAAGUCGUCCAUCUGAUUUUAGGGACAUCAGAGAUGGCAUCCGACGAAAACCAAUAUUCCCCUCUCACUAUACAAGAGACCGAUCCCCACACAAGAGGGAUUCUCCUUACUUCAGGGAAUCACCGGUUGCAAGAAGAGAUUCUCCUCCAAGCAGAUCUGGUUCCAGUGUCAGCAGCAGAGGUUAUUCCCCUGAAAGGAGCAAAGCCUUUGCCUUUCACCAAGCCCAACUUAGCAGAAGUAUGCCACCUUUGCAUAAAAGUAAUAUUUCCCAACAAGAUAAAGAGAGACCAGCAACUCAGUCUUUGAAGACCCCAGGGGAUGUAUCCCCUUCAGGAACUAUAGCAGUGCCCCCUUCAAAGGCCUUGGACAAAAGUGGCAGGUUAUCAGAAAAGGAGCUUGCAGAAGCUGCAAGUAGGUGGCCUACCGACAAACCAGAGAAAGGAGACACAAGCAGCGUACCUGAAAUUUCAGAAUAUGAAGCAGAAGCUUCGGAACCAUUAUAUGCAGAACAUCAUGAAGAAACUGUUGCCAACAUAACAGGCGAUAAUGAAUUAUUUGAAGACACUCAGCGCGUUAGACGUGCCAAGGCAAUUGCUGCAAAGACAACGGAGAUUGAGCAAGUAUACAAACAGGACUGUGAAACCUUUGGUGCUGUAGUGAAGAUGUUGAUUGAAAAAGACCCUUCGUUAGAAAAAUCCAUCCAAUUUUCCUUGAGACAAAACUUGCAUGAAAUUGGUGAGAGAUGUAUUGAAGAACUUAAACACUUCAUUACAGAAUAUGAUGCUAGAAGCCAAGAAUUUGAAGAACCCUAACAUCAGUUCUGAAUUGUUCAUGUUAUAAAUACUAUGUGUUUAAUGAAUGCUAGUAACUUCAUACCAAUACCUGUAUGUCCUACAGGAAAAAAUAAGUUCAGUAAAUGCAGAAUUCUUUUAAGACAUUGUCCUUUGACAAUAUAAUCACGUCGUUACACAUAGAAUUAUUGACAAGGCAAAAUAUACUUGAAGCAGUGAUGCCAUUUUUGAAAUCUCAAUACUGAUUUGUGCAUUCAAUUUGAGUUUAGAUUGUAAAAUACAUCAUAUUUAAUACUGGUCAGUAUAAGUUGUCCCAGUUAUUGAAACAGGAUGCUAUCUUAAUACAAGUGACAAUUUUGUAAUUUUAUUAAUACUAGUUUGAAGACUGUAUAUAGAGUAUAACUAUAUUUUAUGUAUAUUUACAUGUAUGUUGUCCUCAUGACAGGUAGCCUUUUUGCAUUCCAUUACUGUUAUUUUGGAUAAGAGAAUUGCUUGAAUGCCAUCACUAAAUUAGAAGUUUUAAAAAUAGUUUCAUAUGAGGUGUAAAGUUGAAAUGACCUGUAAUUAAAAUCCUUCCAAGUCUUUUUGAAAA